AUGCAGGACCCCUGGCCAUUAGUAUUUUCCUUUUUGCACGCCGUUCAAUUCCUGGAGCAAGUACCCUGGCACAUUUUCUCGCGGUAUCACGGUGAAGGUGCUGCGACAGGUGCUCGUUUCAAGCUAGCGAUGAAAGGAUCGACUGCCGUCAUUGAACGGUCCGCCAUAGCCGACGAAUAUUCAUGGCCAAUACUGCGGGAUAGCACUACCUUGGUGGAAGCCCAUGCCAAUCUUCGAAUUGUGCUCCAGAAUCUACCCGCCCCAGUUCAGAGCGCAAAGGAUAAAUUUCGGCCCGAAUUAUGUCCGGAUGCGAUUGAAACCGUGCGCGUAGAAUUCAAGGUUACGAUAUAUAUUAUAGUAUCUCUUUCUCGACCACCAACACCACCCACAAGUUACAACCUCCCUGCCUACUCGCCUUUCGAAAACAAUUUCUUCUCUAGGGGUUGGACCCUACUUUCCGCCACUGCACCGGAAAGUAGUCACCAAAGCCAACGCAUCCCCUCACGAGGGAGAGACGGUCAAAAGCCGAGUUUCUGGCCUGACGGGAAAUUCAAAAGGAUCGUCUCCCUUAAGAGACGAAGGGAUUCGCCGUUGGUGGAUCCAGACGGCGUGAACGGAACUUCCCAUUCUGUGAUUCUCAAUGUGAAGGACGAGGGUGUCUUCAUUCAGCAAGCCACCUCUGAAGGCAACGACAUCUCACCGUCCUAG